AGCUGACGACAAUCGAGUCAUUCAACUGAGCAAUGGCUUCCAAAGCAAAUAAUCCACUCGUAUCUCUUAAAACAAAGUGACUAAUAGUUUUAGUUCGUGUCAUUUUAUAUACUCUAUAGAGAUAACUGAGAGAUAACUGUGGAGGACGCUCGAGUUUCUGUAAUUGGCCUUUGUAUUUCUACUUGCUGCAUGUGUAUUUUUAGAAAAGAACCCUGCCCAUUCUUCAGUCACUUGCUAGUCUAACUGGUUGAAGGUAAAAUAUGAGUAUAAGUUAUGCUGAUCCCGCUAAGGGAUUUAUUAAUAAUGUCUUCAGGGAUAAAGAACCAUGGCAAAUUGUAACAAUUACAACGACUACAGUAUUAGCUGGUGUUUGGUUGUGGAAUUUUAUCUUUCAAGAUGAAAGUCUAGUUAAACGCGGAAGGAAAGAAAUUUUUAAACUCGCGAGAUACGUGCCUUGGAUUCGCGAACGAAUUGAUAAAGAACUUAGUAAUUUAAAUGAUUUAUUUGAAAAAGAAGCCAUUCAUAGACUGAAAGAUAUUACGAUCCUUAGUAGACUUCCGAAAAAGGGUAUGAGUCAUGAUGAAGUUUUGGAUCACGUGAAGAAAUGCGUGAAUUUGGGUGACUAUGACUGGACGAAUGGUAGCGUUUCCGGUACCGUAUACAGAAACGAUGCAGAUCUUGUUAAAUUAAUGGCAGAUGUUUAUGGGGUAGCUUCUUAUACAAAUCCUUUGCAUCCUGAUGUUUUUCCUGGUGUAUGCAAAAUGGAAGCUGAAGUUGUUCGAAGUAGCUGCCAUUUGUUUAAUGGCGGCCCUGAUACUUGUGGAACAAUGACUUCUGGAGGAACGGAAUCAAUUCUCUUAGCGUGUAAAGCUUACAGAGACUAUGCAAAGGAGGUCAAAGGUAUAACGAAACCAGAAAUUCUAAUGCCAAUUACAGCACACUCAGCAUUUGACAAAGCAGCUCAGUAUUUAAAUAUUAAAGUAUGUACUGUACCUAUAAAUCCUCAUAGUUGCACAGUCAGCAUUGAAGCCAUGAAAAAAGCUAUUACUAGAAAUACGAUAAUGCUGGUUGGUUCAACACCAAAUUUUCCAUAUGGAACUAAAGACAAUAUAGAAGCAAUUUCUGAACUAGGUGUACGAUAUGGUAUACCUGUGCAUGUAGAUGCGUGCCUUGGUGGAUUCCUAAUUUGUUUUAUGCAAGAUGCAGGUUAUACUAUUCCACCUUUUGAUUUUAUUCUGCCUGGAGUUACUAGUAUAUCUGCUGAUACCCAUAAGUAUGGAUAUGCCCCCAAGGGAUCAUCGGUAAUAUUAUACAGAGAGAAAAAAUAUAGACAUUAUCAAUUCACGGUAACAACAGAUUGGCCGGGUGGUAUUUAUGGAUCACCAACAGUAAAUGGUUCUAGAGCCGGAGGAAUAAUUGCAGCAUGUUGGGCAGCCAUGAUGUACUUUGGUCAUGAUGGUUAUGUACAAGCAACUAAGAAAAUUAUUGAAACUACCAAGUACAUCGAACAAGAACUGAGGAAACUAGAUUGUAUUUUCAUUUUUGGAACACCGGCAACAUCUGUUAUAGCCUUAGGUUCCAAUGAUUUCCAUAUAUUUAGACUCUCUGAGGCUUUAAAUGCAAGAGGGUGGAAUUUAAAUGCACUACAGUUUCCAAGUGGUAUUCACAUAUGUAUUACGUAUGUCCACACAGAAGAAGGAGUGGCUGAUAGAUUUUUAAAUGAUGUUAAGGAUGAACUGAUGAAUAUUAUGAAACAGCCAGAUGAGCCUGUCGAAGGAAAGAUGGCUAUGUAUGGAAUGAGUCAAAGCAUUCCAGAUAGAAGCGUAGUGACUGACUUUGUACGAUUCUAUCUAGACUCAAUGUACUAUACACCUAAAAAUAUUGAGACCGAUGAUCAAUCUAAUAUAGAAUGAUCACUAAUAGGCUAAUUAGUCUCUUAUUGAUUUCUAUUGUGACAUAAGAAAUUAAAUGUGUACAAAGUAGUAGAUAUAAACCCAUGAACUUUUUGCAAAUAUGAUUUGUUUACACUAUAAAAUUUAUAGCAAUGUGAUUUUUUAAGUGCUCAAUAGCAGUACAAUAGAGUUUUAGACAUUUUGUACUCUUAUAUUAAACCUAAUUAUCACUAUGAAUAAUGAGCAUCACAAAAUAUUGAAUAGUUAGUGUGCUAUGGAAAAAAAGAUUUUUUAAAUGUCAUGAAGUUGUAUAUCAAGAAUUGUAUAAUGAAUGUUAAAAAAUU